UCAAGAAUGAGAGGGAAGGGAGAAGGAGAGUCCUAGGGAUAGACGCCGCCCCCUCCCACGUGACCGGGAAGCAUUCCUGCCCUGGGAGGAGGUUCAAUGCACUGGAAGAAAGGACAGCAGAUCCCACGCAACCAGAACAAAGGUGCCUGGGAGUGUUCCUGGGCCCAAGCUCUUCUCACAGAGGGAGGGACGGAACAGACAGCAGACACCAUGGAGUCCCGCUCAGCCCCUGCGCACAGAGGGUGCGUCGCCUGGCAGGGGCUCCUGCUGGCUGCCUCACUCUUAACCUUCUGGAGCCUGCCCACCACUGCCCAGCUCACUGUUGAAUCAGUGCCGCCCAAUGCUGCCGAAGGGAAGGAUGUGCUUUUCCGUGUCCACAACCUGCCUGGGAAUCUAAUGGUCUGUAUCUGGUACAAAGGGGAAACAGUGCACAGCAACCUUCGAAUUGCAUCAUAUACAGCAGGCACUCAAGCAGUUACCCUCGGCCCUGCAAGCAGCAAUCGAGAGACAAUGUACCCCAAUGGAUCCCUGCUGUUCCAGAAGGUCACCCUGCAGGACACAGGAUACUACACCCUACAAGCCAUAGACAAAGAUGCUGAGAGCAAACAAGUAACUGGACGGCUCCGUGUUUACCCCUCACUCGUAACCCUCUGGAGCCUGCCCACCACUGCCCAGCUCACUAUUGAAUCAGUGCCGCCCAAUGCUGCCGAAGGGAAGGAUGUGCUUCUCCGUGUCCACAACCUGCCUGGGGAUCUAAUGGGCUAUAUGUGGUACAAAGGGGAAAUAACGGACGUUGACCUUCAAAUCGUAUCAUAUGUAAUAGACACUCAAACAACUACUCUCGGGCCCGCAUACCGCCAUCGAGAGACAAUAUACCCCAAUGGAUCCCUGCUGUUCCAGAAAGUCACCCUGCAGGACACAGGAUACUACACUCUACAAGCCAUAGACAAAGAUUUUCGGAGCAAAAGAGUAACUGGACAGCUCCGUGUAUUCCAGCCAGUGGGGAAGCCCUCCCUCCGAGCCAGCAAUGCCACAGUCACAGAGCAUAAGGACGCCGUGGUCCUGACCUGCCUCACCAAUGACAGGGGCAUCUCCAUCCGGUGGCUCUUCAAGAACCAGAUUCUACCUCACAAGCACAGGAUGAAGCUGUCCCAGGACAACAGCAUCCUCACCAUAGACCCCGUCAGGAGGGAGGACGCUGGGGGCUUUCAGUGUGAGGUCUUCAACCCCAUCAGUUCCAGCAAGAGUGACCCUCUUGAGCUGGACGUACAAUAUGAUCCAACACUAUCAAGUCCUGGCCUCUCAGUUGGGGCUAUGGCCGGCAUCGUGGUUGGCGUCCUGGCUGGCGUAGCUCUGGUAGCAGUGCUGGCGUACUUCCUGUGUAUCAGAAAGACUGGAGGAUCCAUGAAGUUACAUAUUCUUUGCUGAGCUUCAGUGGCCAAGAAUCAAAGCAACCAACGUCAGCCUCCCCAUCCCCACCAGGCACAGAGCCAGUUUAUGCGGAAAUAAAAAAGAAGUAAUGCAGCCAGCCCAGCUCACCACACUGCUGCCUGAUUCCAAGUCUCAUCCCAUCACUAGGAGACCCCGUUGCCCUCAGGGGAAAGGAGAGGAUGCGACCACAACCCCGGAAGAGCACACCUGGAAAGCCUCUUUCCCCUCUGCGCGCCGCCCCCCCCCCACUCUGUCAUGAGGCAGCUCCAGGCUCCUGGUCACAACCCCUCCCUUUGGUGUCAACAGGUGAAAAGAGUCUGUAGGAAGCCCAACCUUCCUUUGCAUUGAAAUUUGGCUCAUUAAAUUAGUACUAGAACCAACAAAGUCUAGAGAUGAUUCCUUAAAAAGUAAACUUCUGGCCCUGACCGGUUUGGCUCAGUGGAUAGAGCGUCAGCCUGCAGACUGAAC